AUGGCGCCGCGCACAACGGCGCAGCGGCGCUCGCAGUCGCAAAAUGAGCACAUCUACGAUUUGGGAGUGAGAGGACGGAAAACGGGCGUGUUUCUGAAGGAUACCGGUGUGCGCGACGAGCACGGGAUGCAGCCCCUCGAUGACCUAUUUUCGUCUCCUGAGAAAGAGAAUCGCCGCGUGGUCGAGGUUGAGAAGGAGAAUCUCCGCGUGAUCGAGGACGACUCCGAGGAGAGCGACGAGGAGGAGAUAGAGAUGGACAUUGACGAGACUACUGGUCCCGCACCGUCUGCUUUCAUGAACGCACGAAACGGUGUGCAGCUGCCUAUCCCUCGUGGCCGGUCGCCGCCAAAGACCUUCCUUCAGUCCCCAGCGAUCAAGAACCCAGCACUUGGUCCUUCAUCUUCACCGGCGCGCGGAUCAGUUGUUCACCCCCGCGGACCCAGCUCCUCACAAACGGUGAAGAGAAGGCUAGAUUUCGGGAUGCAGUCACUUAGCGCGGCCAAGCCGACUGCUAACGGCACAAAGAGAUUCGGUGAAAAGCCAAACGGUGUUACGAACGGUCAUCAAUCGCAAGAGGACGAAGACGACGAAUCUGACAAUGCGUCUUUGCCGGCAAAUGAUGAUGAGUCUAUGGCCAUUAUCGAUGCCGGCGUUGAUGACUAUAUUGACAACGAUGUCCAAGGACCUGAAGAAGAGGACGAGCCAGAGGAGGAGGAGGAAGAGGAGGAGGUAGACCUGGCGCCGAAGCCCGCUGCUGGCCGCAAAGGACGCCCUAAGAAGAACGCCCUACCAGAGGAGCCCGAGGAGGAUCAGGAACCCGAGCCUACAGUGGAACAAGAACCUACGCCAGACGAGUCUGAUGAACCAAUCAGAGCUGGAAGGAAGCGCGGCAGACCAGCAAAGGGCAAGGGAGUCCAGGAUGACGAUGCGACCGAGAAGCCAACUAAAAGACGCCGCUCCGGAGGUGAAGAAAGUGAUGCUGCGAGCGCCAAAGAAGCGAAGAGAGGACCAACGGGAAAGGCAGGACGACCGAGAGUUGCAGGCUCUGAUGUUGAAGCAGAGUCAUCCAAGCCAUCGAAAGCCAUCAAGAAGGCCACGACCGCGCAGAAGGCCAAACGGGGCCGUAAGCGAGAGUCACCCGCCGUGGGCGAGGCGUCUUUUGUUGAGCCACCUCGUGGGCCUCCUCCACCAAAGAGCAGAGGCUUGAUGAUUAUGCGUCGCGAGACACCCGGUGCCGCCCCGGGCAUCUUCCAGACCCGAUCGGGCCGAACCUCCUACAAGCCCCUUGCGUUCUGGAAGAACGAGCACGUGGAACAUGAUGGAGGAGAUAUCCUGGAAGAUGGCAAAGCGCAUAUUUUCCUACCGAAGAUCAAGGAAAUUGUUCGCGUAGAGGAGCAGGAGGAUGACAGGCCGACAAAGCGCAAGGGCCGGGCAGGACGCGCUCCGGGCAAGAAGUCAAAGCGCAUAACCUCGGAUGAGGAGUCUGAAGAAGAGGUAGAGCCUUGGGAGGAGGAUCCAGGCGUCGUGACUGGCGAGGUCAUUGUAUGGAAUCCAGAUCACGAGUUCAACCCUCCCGCUAUGGACGACGAGGUUGAGGUUGUCGAGGAGCAGGUUGCCAUUGCGGGCUCGGCGAUAGAAACCCGGGAUAUUCGUAAUGCGAAAUUCCGCUUCGCUAAAACGCUGAGUAUGCCCUUCUUCGGCUCUGGUGUGGUCGACAUGCCACCUGGCUCGAUCAAGCGCCCGAAGAACUCGAGAAAGAUGCACAUGACAUUCUUUGUGUAUACUGGGCGUGUCAAGGUCUCGGUGGGCGAAACAGAGUUCAGGAUAAAAAAUGGAGGCAUGUGGUUUGUGCCGAGAGGCAAUUACUACAGUAUUGAGAACGAUUAUGACCAGCAUGCGAGGAUAUUCUUUGCCCAGGGUUGCGAAGUCACCGCGAAUCCUGGCCAAGCAGAGCUAAGUAUGCUGGGUUAA